AUGACAAGGAACAUAUUAAAAAAACUGAAGGGAAUUAAAGCUGGUCUUGUGCGAGGUAACGAAGGUUGGCAAGAUUGGAAUCUAACAAAUCUUAUUUCAGAACUGAAGAAGUGGAGAGACAUCAAUCCAGCCGAAGAGAGUGGAAGUUCUAAGAAAACUCGGAAACCUUUACUUGUAGCAGGCAGUGAGCGACGUAAGCGAAGGUGUGUUUAUUGUAAUGCUGAAAAUCACAGCGCUGUUGAUUGCACGGUUGUAACCGACAUCGAUAAGCGGAAGAAAUUAUUAGCUGAGAAAAAACUUUGCUUCAAUUGCACGGGGACAAAACAUCGCACAGCUGACUGUAAGAGUUCUCAUAGGUGUUCAAAGUGCAAUGGUAAACAUCAUUCGUCAAUAUGCACAAAGAAAGAUCAGCUUUUAACGGCAGGUGAUGGGCCAGCCGUAUAUCCAACCGUUGUGGUGAGUGUAGAAGGAAUAAAGUGUCGUGCGCUUCUAGAUACAGGCUCUGGUAAUUCUUAUGUAUCGGCAGCCUUGUUAGACUUACUUCCAAAGCGAUCUUAUAGAAAGGAAACACGACGUGUCGAAAUGAUGCUCACCUCAGUUACCAAGGAAAUGGAACUGUCAACCAUACGUGUAAAGGAUGUCAAAGGGGAAUUUCAAAUGGACGUGAACAUAACCAAAGUAAAUAAGGGAGAACUACUGUUUGUGGACAACCCAAUUUAUAAGGCAUUAGUAAGGUCUUAUUCACAUUUAGCAGGUGUGAAGAUAGAAGACGAUGAUCAAAAACCAAAACUCCCUGUGCAUUUAAUCCUGGGAGCUACAGACUAUAUGCGCAUCAAGACGUCUGAGAAACCCCGCGUUGGAAAGGUGGGAGAACCUGUUGCUGAAAAAACUAAGUUUGGCUGGACUAUAUUGGCACAAGGCAAAGAACUAGACUACGCUGUUAUGUUUCUUUCACAAACAAGCCAAAGCGACUACGAAGAAUUGUGUCGGUUAGAUGUCCUGGGUUUGGCUGACAAACCUAAAAAUGAUCAACAUGAAGUUUAUGCUGAGUUUCAAGAGCAGCUUGUGCGAAGUGAAGAAGGGUGGUAUGAAACCGGCCUUCCAUGGAAGGGUAAUCACCCACAACUACAAAGUAAUUAUAAAGGAAGUUUACGAAGACUAGCAAACCUUCAACGCAGAUUGCAUCAGAAGGGGUUGACUAAUUCUUAUUCUGAAAUCAUUGAGCAGCAGAAAGUCGGAGGGAUCGUUGAAGCUGCUAAACAUGAAGCCUGA